CAGACUUACAGAGGAAAGCAGUGCCCUACCAUGCUCGGCUCUGCUCUAUUAUGUUGCCUGAUCUUUCUGGGAGGAAUAGGGGCCAGCCGAGAUCAGGGAACCCAGUCUGAAAACAGCUGUGUUCACUUUCCUGAUGGCCUGCCCAACAUGCUUCGAGAGCUCCGAGCUGCCUUUGACAGGGUGAAGACCUUCUUUCAAACAAAGGACCAGCUGGACAGCAUGCUGCUAUCGGAGUCCCUGCUGGAGGACCUUAAGGGUUACCUGGGAUGCCAAGCCUUGUCAGAGAUGAUCCAGUUUUAUCUGAAGGAGGUGAUGCCCCAGGCGGAGAAUCAUGGCCCAGACAUCAAGGAGCACGUGAACUCGCUCGGGGAAAAGCUGAAGACUCUCCGACUGAGGCUGCGCCAAUGUCAUCGAUUCCUCCCCUGUGAAAACAAGAGCCAGGCCGUGGAGCAGGUGAAGAGCGCCUUCAGUAAGCUCCAAGAGAAAGGUGUGUACAAAGCCAUGAGCGAGUUUGACAUCUUCAUCAACUACAUAGAAACCUACAUGACCACGAGGAUGAAAAGCUAAAAGACCCAGGAAGGCAACGCUAGUAGAUUCAAGGACAGAUCUCCAAAGUUCAUUUCAGGGCUCUGAGGCAGCUGACCCAGCAUUGCGGAAAGCUGUUGUAUCUCUCACAUAUUUAUUACCUCUGAUACCUCAAUCCCUGUUCUAUUUAUUUACUGAGCUUCUCUGUGAACUACUUGGGAAGAAGCCCGAUAUUAUAAUGUUUUUCAGUAUUUAUUAUUUUCACCUAUGUUUAAGCUGUUACCAUGGGGUGACACCCUGUGGGAUUUGAGUGUUUUCGAACAAAAAAUGUAAUUUAUAUGACAGGAGGACUCCACAGAAGCUUCCACUUGGUUCCAUGCCUGUCCACACUUUCUAGCGCCUGAGUUUCCUUUUGUUUCUCUCAACCCUGGACCGCGGGCUCUCAGCGUUCUGAAGACUCCUGGCCUGUUAGGAAGAGAAACCUGGGAGCCCCUUUGGUGGUGACCCCUCCAGCAAGUUGAGGGAGCCCCCCCAACCUUAUUCCCCAACCACUUCACCCCAUUAUUUAUAACACCCUACAGUUGGUUCUAAUAGAACUCAGUUUGAAUGCAAAGCGAUUCAAUUCCUCUGGGAAUGUUACAUGGUUUGUCUGUCUUCGUAGCAGAUUUUAAUUUUGAAUAAACAAAUGGAUCUUA